AUGUCACAAAAAGGAUCAUCAUCAAAUGCUUCCAUUCAUCGAAGUCUACAUAGUGAUGAACAGUGCAAAAAUCGUUACUACCUACAUCAUCAUGGACCUGGUCAUCAUCAUGGUCGUUCAUUAAGUUCAUUUAAACAACACAUGUCUAGCAGUACAUUGGGACACUUUAUGCACAAUACAAGUCAAAAAACCUUGAGUAAUAGCCAUAAGUCAACUCAUCAAUUUAAAUUCUCUAGCGCCGGCAGCUUGAUAACUGGUCGUUCAAGUUUAGGAAAAGAAUCCAUUCACAAGUCUGAUGGUGAUGAGACAGUUUUUGAAGUACUUCUUAAGGGACAUGUAUUUGUACGUGCAACUUGUUCAAGACUUCUAGUGAUACAUAAUAAGGAUCUUUGUCAAGAACAACUUACCAGAGUUUGCCCUGCUCUGGAACUCGGAAUUAUUGGUUGGGGUGAAGGAAAUUUUUCAAUCAAAUUCGAUGAAAAUCCACCAAUAGAUUUAGAAUUCGUAUUUCUAUCUGGCUUACCCGGACUUCAAUCUAAUAAAUGUUUUGAAUGUGGACGUGUUUUAGAUCCACGUGGUGGGCGCGAGGUGAAAUUGGAUCCAACACUGAGCAAAUUUAUUGAGUCUUCUGAUAAUCAUUCUAAAUCAGCGAAAGGAACUAAAUCACACAUAGAAGUCAUUUCACAUUUACGACGUGUUCGUUCUCAUCACCAAUUUAGUCAGGUAACCAGUGUUCCUGAUGCGAGAGCUGUCCGUGUUUGUCAUAUCACUGGAAAAUAUUAUUGUGAACGCUGUCAUUGGGACGAUUCUUGGUAUGUCCCAGGCUCAAUAUUCCUUUUAAAUGACGUCUCUAAGCAUCCUAUUAGCCGUUCAGCUUAUAUAAAAUUACGCGUAAUAUGGGAUUCUAUUGUAUUACGAGUUCCAUCUUACUGGCACGAAGAUAACCUGGAAGCCGCAAAAGUGUAUAAAAUCCGUAGUAAACUACAUCACAUUUUACGCUAUACAAUGUUGUGUUCAGAGGCAUCGUCAAUAAAGGCUACUGCAGAGCUUACAGAUCCAUCUCAUUUGCUUGGUCACCCUGAGUAUUUUCGAAUGUGUGAUGUCGUUGAAGUAAUGAAUGGGACACUUUAUCCAAGGCUAGAAAAAUACCUGAAGACAUGGUUAGAACAUAUGUCACAUUGCUCAAUCUGUGAAGAAGCUCAAAAGUCUGUGGGAACAGAAGGUGCGAUAUGGAUCGGAGAUAAACUUACUUGA